CGUUUUGCGUGCAUGAGCUAUUUUUAAUGCUUCGGUGUAACCGUAUCGACAAUCUACUGUUUUAAUGUUAAAUUAAGACUAUUUUUUGUGCGAAAUUGGGUAUUGCUGUACAUUAAUGAAAACGAGAACGGCUGCGCACAGCUGAAGCAAUCUUCAUACUAUAGAUUCACUUUUCUGUCUUUCCUUCGCGUGUCCCAUUGUGUCAUCCUGUGUCCCCUUGUGUCCCAUGCAUCCCCUUCUGUCCCCUGUGUCCCCUUGUUUCCACCUGUCUCCUUGUUUCCCCUGUGGGCAUUGUGUCCCCUUUGUCCCCACGUGUCCCUUCGUGUCCCCUUGUGCCCCCUUUUCUCUGGUGUCCCUUGUGUUUCCUGUGUCGCCUGUCCCCUUGUGUCCCCUGUGUCCUCUUUCUCCCCUUGUGUCCCCUGUUUCCUCUUGAAUCCCCUGUGUCUCCUUGUGUUCUUUUGUGUCCUCUUCUGUCCCCUGUGUUCCCUUGUGUCUACUUGUGUCCCCUGUUUCCCAAGCGUCUCCUUGCAUCCCCUUUUGUCUCCUCUGUCCUCUUGUGUCCCCUGUGUCCCCCGUUUUCCCUUCAGUCCUCGUAUGUCCACUUGCGUCCCCUUGCGUCCCCUUGCGUCCCCUGUGUCCCCUUGUGUCCUUUGUGUCUCUUGUGUCCCCUGUGUCCUCUUGUGUCCCCUUUGUCCCUGUGCCCCCGGUGUCCCUUGUGUCCCCUUGUGUUCCCUUGUGUCCCUUGUGUCCCCUUGUGUAUCCUGUGUCCCCUUGUGUACCCUCUGUCCCCUUGUGUAACCUCUGUCCCUUGUGUCCCCUGUUUCCUUUUGUGUGCCCUGUGUCCCCUUGUGUUGUUUUGUGUCCCCUGUGUCUGCUGUGUUCUCUUGUGUCCCCUGUGUCCUCUUUGUUCCCUGUGUUCCUUGUAUCCCCUUGUGUCCCCUUGUGUGCCCUGUGUCCCUUGUGUACCUCGUGUUUCCUGGUGUCCCGUGUCCCUUGGGUCCCCCUGUGUCGCCUGUGUCCCCUGUGUCCGCUUGUGUCCCCUGUGUUUCUUGUGUCCCCAUUGUCCCCUUGUGUUCUGUUGUGUCCGCUUGUGUCCCCUGUGUCCCUUGUUUUCCCACGUGUCCCCUGUGUCCCCUUGUGCUACCUGUGUCCCCUGUGUCUCUUGCGUUCCCUUUUGCCUCCUGUGUCCGCUUGUGUUCCUUGUGUCCCCUGUGUUCCCUUAUGUCCCUUUGUGUCCCCUGUGUUUUCUGUGUCCCCUUGUGUCCUCUGUUUCUUUUUGUGCUGUGUCCCCUUGUGUUCUUUUGUGUCCCAUGCGUCUGCUGUGUUCCCUUUUGUUCCCUUGUGUCCCAUGUGUCCCCUUUUGUUUCCUGUGCCCCUUGUGUCCUCUUGUAUCCCCUUGUGUCCCCACGUGUCCUCUGUGUUCCCUGUGUCCCCUUGUGUUCCCUGUAUCUUCUUGUGUCCCCCUGUGUCCUUUGUGUCCUUUUCUGUCCCUCUUUGACCUCUGUGUCCCCUUGUGACCCCUUGUGUACAUUAUGUCCCCUGUGUCCCGUCGUGUCCUCUUUUGUCCCCUGUGUCCCCUGUGGCCCCUUGUGUCCCCUUGUAUUUCCUGUGUUUCCUCGUGUCCCCUUAUGUCUCCUGUGUCCCCUCUGUCCCCUUGUGUCCGUUGUGUCUUCUUGUGUCCCUUGUGUUCCCUGUGUCCCCUUGUGUCCCCUGUGUCUCCUUGUAUCCCCCUGUGUCCCUUUUGGCCUCUGUAUCCCCUUGUGUUCCCUGUGUUUUCUCUUUUCCCCUUGUGUCUUCUAUGUCCCCUUUGUCCCUUUGUGUCCCAUGUGUUCCCUGUUCCUUGUGCCUCUUGUGUCCCCCAUGUCUCCUUUCUCAUUUAAAAAUUAUGAAAUAUUCCUCAUAUGCCUUCGCGGUUUUUUUCUUUUCGCACACUCAGGAGGUCAAAGGAUGUGAUUUUUCAUGAAAAAUAAAAAAUCAAAACAAAACCUUCUGCUUGACUUGUUUAGAAAAUAAUUUCGUUAAUUUUUAAUAAUCAACUAACAGCUCACUGAUUUAUCAAUUUGGCGGACCAACUUGGAGGCCCGGGCACCCCAGCUGAAAUGUUUGGGAACCCGAAGGGGUCCCCGAAAAUUUGAAUUGGGAGACCAUCGUUUAGGCCUGGGUACCCCAGCUAUUGAUGAAAGUGGAAGUGCAUUUAUUGAGGAUAUUAGUAAUGCCGGAAUGCAAAUUUUAGUGAACUACCCCAUACUCUUAGCAUAUUUGGUGGUAAUAUUCACGUAAGUUUUGUUUUGAGGAGAAAAGGAAUCCUUGUGUGUAAAUCAUCUUCUAGUGUAUUUAAUAGAACAUCUCCGUCUCUCCUGCACACAUUUGUUAUUGAUGCUCUUCUCAACUUUCCAAUGCCAUUCAACAUAAUUCUUACUUACACCUACACAUCCCGCGUAAACGCGUUCAGGCGUCCUCUUGCUUUCGUAAGAAAGCUCGAUCGAUAGCAGCGCUCGUAAUAUUAAGAGUAUAUCCACUACCUGACAUUAAUUUAAAUGUUGAUUAAAAACAUCAUUCUAUUCCAGGUCAAGUCUAAUUUCUUUUCUUUCCCCUCACAUUCAGCUCAUUACACACGUAACCUGCGUAACUGGCGCCUGUCUGUCACCGCAGUGAACCGCUGGCAAUCCCGCGUUUCUUUUUGCUUUCCCUCGAUCAUAGCAUUCAGCUCAUUAUCCACUACCUGA